AUGGACAUGGCUUUGGCAUCUAAAUCCUUCCCUCCAUCAAGUGCUACCGCCGAGCAACCAAUUUCAAAGAGUGACAAAGCUGUUGCAAAUGAUUCCUCAUCCAAGGAUACAUACCUCAAUCCUAAAGCCAAUGAUACUAGGACUGUGCCCGUGCGUUUGCAACAUGAAAAUCACGGCAUUGCCUCCCCAAUUAUGAUCUAA